AGUUGACCAGCCUGACACGCCGAGGACACGACGUUAGAGUGAGACGCGAGACUUCAUCUUGUGGCCGCAUAAAUACGUACGACGAUUAUGAGCGAGUCCCAGUCGAAGAAAGCGAAGAUCAUGAGUUCGUUGAAUCAACUGAAGGAGCUGACGACGGUCGUCGCCGACACCGGCGACUUUCACGCUAUGGAGCAAUUUAAGCCUACAGAUGCAACGACAAAUCCGUCGUUGAUUCUUGCUGCUGCUAAUCAAAAAAAGUAUGCUCAUUUGAUCGAAAAAGCUGCUGAAUGUGGCAAAAAAUCUGGAUCUACUUUGGCUGAGCAAGUUGAAGCAGCCCUCGAUGUUACAUGUGUUCUAUUUGGCAAAGAAAUCUUGAAUAUAAUCCCCGGAAGAGUUUCUACAGAAGUAGAUGCCAGAUUAUCCUUUAAUAAGGAAGCCAGCAUUGAGAAGGCGAAAAGAUUGAUUGCUUUGUACGAAGGACUUGGAGUAAGCAAGGAACGUAUUUUGAUUAAGCUUGCAUCAACUUGGGAAGGCAUCCAAGCAGCAAAAGAAUUGGAGGAAAAAUAUGGGAUCCAUUGCAAUUUGACAUUAUUAUUUUCCUUUGCGCAAGCUGUUGCUUGUGCAGAAGCUGGCGUCACUCUCAUUUCACCAUUUGUUGGAAGAAUUCUGGACUGGCAUGUAGCAAAUACAGAUAAGAAAACAUAUGAAGCAAAGGAAGAUCCAGGUGUCGUUUCUGUAACGAAAAUUUACAAUUAUUACAAGAAAUUUGGCUAUAAGACAGUUGUAAUGGGUGCUUCGUUUAGAAACGUUGGUGAAAUUAGAGAACUCGCAGGCUGUGAUUUCCUAACUAUAAGUCCGAAAUUAUUGGAGGAAUUAGAGGAGAGCAACGAGCCUGUUCGCAAAGUUUUAACUGUAGAAUCAGCGAAAAAAUGCGAUCUCCAAAAGAUCAGCUUAAAUGAAGCAGAAUUUAGAUGGCUCUUAAACGAGGACCAAAUGGCAACUGACAAGUUGUGCGAGGGCAUUCGCAAAUUUGCCAUUGAUGUGCGCAAGCUUGAAAAACUACUGCAAGAAACGAUUCAGGGUUAAAAUAAAUUCUUUUAACUGUGUACAACAAUAUAAUAUUUUACAAGGGCAUAAUUGAAUGUACAAAUACACAUUCCUAUUGUUUAUAUUUGUAUAAUAAUUAUUUUAUACAAUUGAGUACAAAAGAGUGGAUAAGGUGAAAUAAAUAAGAUAUAUGAUAAA